AUGAAGACCUUCUUACUUAUUCUAAUUUUUAGUCAAGUUGCCAAAACACAAGUGCACUAUUCUCCAAUUUUCAUAAAAACAUUAGUGAGUGACAUUGCCGAAAUUAAAAAAUCUAUUUCCGAGUUGGGAGAAAAAACAACGAGGUGUGAUGAAAUUGGUUCAUAUCAACCUUUUUUUCAUACAUUACUCAGUACUCUUCAGCUAUCGAUUAAUAAGUUAUCAUUCCUUCAUGAAAAAAUAAGCAUUAUUAGCAAGGUUGAAACUAAAAUAAAUGAGUUAGAAGAAAAAUUAGAACGUUCACGAAUCAAUAAUAAAUUAGAGGAAAACAAGCAAAAUGAAGAGUUAGAACAAGUUUUAAAUAAAUUAAAUAAUGUUGAAAACGUUGGAAAUGUUUUAAAUGAAAAUGUCAAAUCUCAAAAUUUAAAAAUUCAAAAAUUAUUUGAUGGCUAUAAUAAAUUGAAAGUAGCAGAGGAAGAGUUUCUAAAGGUUAAAUUCAACGAUUUACACUCAACACUGAAUCAAACUCCGUCAAAACUUGAUGACAAAUCAACAAAAAUUAAUAUAAGAGAAAACUCCGUUAAACAAAUCAAUAAUAAGUUUGAGGAAAAUGAAGUUUUCGAGAAAGUUUUAAAUAAAACAAAUAAAGUGGAAAAUAACACAGAAAAUUUAAUAAAUUCCUUAGAAAAGAACGACAUUGAAAACGUUUUACGCGAAAAUUUUAAAUUUCAAAACGUGAGUAUACUAUUAUUGAUUGAAAAAUGUAAUAAGUCAGAAAAUACGAAUAAAACGGAAGACAGAAUUUAUUUUACCAGAAUGUUUUGAUUACACAUCUUUAAAUUCAAUUAAAAGACUUUCUCUUACGUCUAAGUUUUAUGCAAGUUUAGACAACGCUACAAAGUUAUGCGAAAACGGUUGGUUGGUGAUUCAAAGACGGGGUAAUUUCCAGUACCAAGAAACUUUUUAUAGAUUCUGGAACGACUAUAAACAUGGUUUUGGCGAUUUAAGUAAAGAAUUCUGGAUUGGAAAUAAUUUCAUACAUCUAUUAUAGCAUCAAAACGAGCUAAAAUUGCGAGUAGAAUUGGAAAGUUUCGAUGAGAAGAAAAGCUGGGUCGAAUAUGGAACA